CAUCACGACACUCGUAGUCUUCAUAGGCGACUUUUUCAGACCGUAGUCACUGUGUAUGUUUUUAGUGAGAGAAACUAGAGAGAGAAACUACGUAUCCAUAGAGAAAUCUCACAGAUUGUGUUUUGAGGUUGAAAAAUUGGGCGAAGAUGCAUACGAGGAAUAUGGAGAGGAUGACUUCGAUUAGGGAAAGGGGGAAACGGGGUUUGGAAGGUGAAGAUGAGCAGCAACAGCCGGAGCGAAAGCGGCCGGCUUUAGCUAGUGUAAUUGUGGAAGCUUUGAAGGUGGACAGUCUCCAAAAGCUUACCUCAUCCUUGGAACCUAUUCUUCGAAGAGUUGUUAGUGAGGAAGUGGAGCGAGCUUUAGCAAAGCUAGGCACUGCUCAGUUAACUAAUGGAAGGUCUUCACCUAAGCGUAUUGAAGGACCUGACGGAAGAAAUCUGCAGCUUCACUUCCGGUCCCGAAUGUCUUUACCCCUCUACACCGGAGGAAAAGUCGAAGGCGAACACGGUGCCGCUAUACAUGUCGUCUUACUUGACGCCAACACUGGCCGUGUUGUUACAUCAGGACCCGAAUCAUCGAUAAAACUAGAUGUCGUCGUCCUCGAAGGUGAUUUCAACAAUGAAGAUGAUGAAGGCUGGACACAAGAAGAUUUCGAAAGUCAUGUUGUUAAAGAACGUGAAGGAAAGAGGCCGUUGUUGACCGGAGAUGUGCAGGUCACACUCAAAGAAGGUGUUGGGACGUUAGGGGAGUUGACUUUUACAGACAAUUCGAGUUGGAUUAGGAGCAGAAAGUUUAGGCUUGGGUUAAAGGUAGCUUCAGGAUUUUGUGAAGGGGUACGUGUACGUGAAGCGAAGACUGAAGCAUUUGCCGUUAGAGAUCAUAGAGGAGAAUUGUACAAGAAACACUACCCGCCUACUUUAAACGAUGAGGUGUGGAGACUAGAGAAAAUCGGCAAGGAUGGAUCAUUCCACAAGAGGCUGAACAAAGAAGGGAUUUUUAAAGUUAAAGAUUUCCUUCGUCUUGUUGUGCGGGAUUCCCAAAAGCUACGUAAUAUUCUUGGAAGUGGCAUGUCAAAUAAAAUGUGGGAGGCGUUGCUAGAGCAUGCAAAAACGUGUGUGUUGAGUGGGAAGUUUUACGUGUACUAUCCGGAGGAUAACAAAAAUGUCGGUGUUAUUUUCAACAACAUAUAUGAGCUCAGUGGUCUUAUUGCCGGUGACCAAUAUCAACCAGCUGAUUCUCUUUCUGAUGCCCAAAAGGUAUAUGUGGAUGCACUGGUUAAGAAAGCAUAUGAUAACUGGAACCAAGUUGUAGAGUAUGAUGGCAAGUCACUUGUGAGCUUCAAGCAACCUAAACGGUCAGGUGCGUCACGGAAUGAUUAUUCAAUGGGAUCGAUAGAGUAUCCAAGAUCUUCAAAUAAUCAGCAAUUGCCACCUCGUCAUCCUGUCGUGGGUCCAUCUGACUCUCUAUCCGUUGAUUCGAAUCUGCUAUUAGGAGGGUAUAAUGACAAUAUGGAUAAUGUGUACCAAACCGCGCCACAACUUGUGAACACCAAUACCCAGUACGACAUAAAUUUUGCUACAAAUGGUCGUCAUAUGGUGAACUCUCAGCAAAUACAAAACAACGGGUACAAUGAUAGAUCCGAGCUAGCCCUCGGUCCUCCACAAUCGUCAUCAUCAUCAUUUCAUCCGGUGAAUAUGAACAAUGCAUCUGUUCAGCAGCAGCCCAAUAUGAACAUGUUUGACGACUGGUCCCAGAACAGCCGGGACAAAGGGACUGGUGAAUUCAUGUCGGAGGAGGAAAUUCGCAUGAGAAGUCACGAGAUGCUCGAGAACGACGAUAUGCAGCAUCUUCUUCGACUCUUCAGCAUGGGUGGCGGUCAUGGUGGUCAAGGUGGUAACAUGGCGGAAGAUGGGUUUUCUUUUCCGUCAUAUAUGCCGUCACCGGCUCUAAAUUUCGACUUUGAUGAGGACCGCAGCCGCUCCGGGAAGGCGGUAGUUGGUUGGCUGAAGAUAAAGGCGGCGAUGCGGUGGGGGUUCUUUGUCAGGAAAAAGGCUGCGGAAAGACGGGCGCAGAUUGUUGAGAUAGAGGAAGAUGAAUGAAAUUUUCUGGACUGGAAUAACUGCUUUUAAACUGUCGUAAUCGUAGCGAACUGUUUAGAUUGCAGUACAUUUUAGGUUUUCUGUAGGUUUUGUAAUUUGGGUUUGCUUGUAUAGUAAGAGAAAGUUCAAUCAACAUACUUCUUUCUUGAACAACUCAGAUACAUAAUCAUCAUGCUUUUUCUCUUUUCCUGUAUAAUUAAUAUCGUUUUGUGAGAUAA